ACUCCAAACCAAAAUAAAAGCAGAAAGAAUUCAUUAAUUUACGUCCGCGAUAUACCGGAGAUUCCUUUCACCACGCCGUUCUUCCUUGUCGCAAAAACCCUUCCCUAAGGGUUUUCGGAAUCGAUUGAUUCGCAGUCUUUUUAGGUUUCAUUUAACACAUCAAUUUAUUCUAUUUGUUAGUCGAGCUAUGGAUGCUAGUAAGAGAGGGAGGCCUGAAGCUAAAGCCAAUGGCGGUGCAAAGAAAUUCAAGCCAGCUUUAGGCUGGAUGGAGUGGAAGCUGGAAAGGGGGUGAGGGAAGCUUCCCUCACUCUUGAACACCAUUCCUUGGGUGAAGGAAACAUGGCGCGGGAAAGAGGUGAAAGAAAGGAAAGUGAGGAGAAAGAGGAUAUAGCACCAAAAGUGAGGAGGGAAGAGUCCCUCCCACACCCUCCCUCGGGGAUGGCUGUGGUACUAAUGGGUGUAAGCGGUGUGGGGAAAUCAACAAUAGGAGAAUUGCUUGCGAAAACUCUAAACUGUAGCUUCAUCGAUGCCGAUAAUUUUCAUCCACAAUCAAACAAAGAGAAGAUGAAGAACAGGAUCCCUUUAUCAGAUGAAGAUCGUAUCCCAUGGCUUGAAGUGCUUCGGGAUUUAUUGAAUGCAAGCUUGGUGAGUGGCAAGAUUGUAAUUCUUGGGUGUUCUGCCCUUCAGAAAAAAUAUAGGGACAUUCUUAGAUAUGCUGACCCGAAUUUUAAGAGUGAUUAUUCGUGUGAAAAAUGUGUUGUGAAGUUUGUUUUGUUGGAUGUUGGGGUGGAGUUGCUUUUGAAUCGAGUGGCGAAAAGAGUGGCAGAAGGGAACCAUUUUAUGCCUGCUGAAUUGCUUCAGUCGCAAAUUGAUUUACUUGAGGUUGAUGUGUCUGAAGGGAUACAUAAAGUUGAUGCUUCAAGGAGUCCUCAAGAUAUUGUUGAUGAGAUUAAAGCGUUGAUAUUGUGAUCUAAAGUAUAUUGAUGUUGCUGUUGGUUGUAUUGUUAUUAUUCUACAACACCAAUUAUUUACUCUAAUACAUGUAUAUUCCAUUUAUGUUUCACUAAUCAAAAAGUAACUUUAAAUAA